GCAGCUUUGUAUGUGAAAGUGGCUUGUGUAACUCGCUCUUUUUUUUAACCUCCUACUAUCAAACUUUGUUUAAUCGAAGCAUCGGGAAUAGACACUUUGGGGUUUACAGUUCUCAGUUUAGUGGCCUACAAUAAAUUAGGCUGUAGUUAUUAGCCAUUGAGCGCUAUAAGAAGUUGCAGUCGCAAUUUUGGGUAGAUUGUAACUUAAUAAAUAUGUUUCAAGUUAACAAAAAUAUUAAGAACGACUUUUCAGGACUUAAAAAAAGGCAGUAAUUCCGAAGAAAUGUUUCAAGAAGACUGUUAUCUUCAAUUAUGUGAAACGGAAACAGGUGAGCGAGUUAGAAAAGUAGAGGUAACAAACAUGCGCGUCGGAGAAAAGUAUCAAGCCAACCUUAAAGAAUCAACAGGGCUGCUUUCUUCUCCUCAGUCCAAAAGCCUGCUCAUAUGGUCCCCUGUGCCCCUCCUUUUUGAAAAAAGACUUGAUGAAUUCUGCAAUAUUGUUCGCUCCAAUCUCUUGACGUGCAGCAGAUAUCGAUUAGAGUACGCCUUGUAUUCACUCCAUCAGAACAAAUACAGUUUCCCAAAUGCUCUGUACGAUCUUUUUAGUGGUACAGCCACUGAAGAAUGGGGUAUAUAUCCGGAAUGGAGCGAACUCGAAACGGCUAAUUUUGAAAAAGGAUUUUUAUUGCAUGGAAAAAAAUUUCAUUUGAUUCAGCUUUUGAUCCCCUCCAAAACGGUCUCAUGUAUUAUUCAAUACUAUUACAAAUGGAAAAAAAUUGAGAACACUAAAUAUCGUUAUAUACUCGGACGCCAGCGAAAAGAGAUUUGUCCCUCACAAAAAGUUAACUUAGAGAGGAGGCCCGGCAUUUGCGCUUUGCGCCGAGGAAUAGAAGUCGGAAGAGAAGGACAAGCUUCAACGGACGAGUGUACGGCUCCAAAAGAAUCCUGGAGCAGUCCUAAAUCCUCUAAGCUGCUACUAACUUCUCAAAAACGUUGCGUUUCGCCAUCUUCUUCGAAUGGUUGUACCGUGUGUGACACUAAAAGCUUGGUUCUGUGGCAGCGUGGCCACAAUUUAUAAGCCAAGCAAGAGUGCACAGACCCUCCGACACCAUUUAAUUUAUUAUAAAUGGGUUUUAAAAGUAGUGAGGGGGAUAGCAAAAAUAUUGUAAUUUGUACACUUUUUCAAU